AUGGAGACGAGGGCAUCCUUCAUUGCCAACAUGAGAGAGACCCAGCACCUCUCCCCAGAGAAGGAUCCCAGCCCUGCCAAUGGCGAUGGGGAGCAGUUUGAUUCAGAUGAGGGCUCCAGCAUUGAGGACACAGACUUCAACUGGGAUGAGUUCCUGGAGGAAACAGGAGCCAGUGCUGCUCCCCACACCUCCUUCAAACAUGUUGAAAUCAGCCUUCAAAGCAGUUUCCAGCCAGGGAUGAAACUAGAAGUGGCCAACAAGAGCAACCCAGACACGUACUGGGUGGCUACGAUCAUCACCACCUGUGGGCAGCUCCUGCUGCUGCGUUACUGCGGCUACGGGGACGACCGCAGGGCAGACUUCUGGUGUGAUGUGAUGACAGCAGACCUGCACCCUGUGGGCUGGUGCACCCAGAACAACAAGGUCCUGAUGCCUCCAGAUGCAAUCAAGGAGAAAUACAUGGACUGGACAGAGUUUCUCAUCCAGGAUCUGACCGGCGCCAGGACAGCCCCUGCGAAUUUGCUGGAAGGUCCUCUGCGAGGAAAAAACCCUGUAGACCUCAUUACAGUUGAUUCCUUAAUAGAGCUGCAGGAUUCCCAGAAUCCCUUUCAGUACUGGAUAGUUAGUGUGGUUGAAAAUGUUGGAGGAAGAUUACGCCUUCGCUAUGUGGGAUUGGAGGAGACUGAAUCCUAUGACCAGUGGUUGUUUUACUUGGAUUGCAGACUUCGACCAGUCGGUUGGUGUCAAGAGAAUAAAUACAGAAUGGACCCACCUGCAGAUAUCUAUUCUCUGAAGACUAUAACUGAGUGGAAAUGCGCUCUGGAAAAAUCCCUUAAUGAUGCAGCAAAUUUUCCUCUUCCAAUGGAAGUGUUCAAGGAUCAUGCUGAUUUGAGAAAUCACUUCUUCACUGUGGGGAUGAAGCUGGAGGCAGUGAAUAUGAGGGAGCCGUUUCACAUCUGUCCUGCAUCAGUGACCAAGGUUUUUAACAAUCAUUAUUUACAAGUGACCAUUGAUGACUUGAGACCUGAACCCAGCAAAAUCUCAAUGCUUUGCCAUGCAGAUUCCUUGGGGAUCUUGCCAAUACAGUGGUGCCUUAAAAACGGAGUCAAUCUCACACCUCCCAAGGGUUACUCUGGCCAGGACUUUGACUGGGCAGACUACCAGAAGCAGUGUGGAGCUGAGGCAGCACCUCACCUGUGCUUUAGAAAUACAUCCUUCAGCCGUGGCUUCACCAAGAACAUGAAGCUGGAGGCAGUGAACCCCAGGAACCCUGCAGAGAUUUGUGUUGCUUCCAUCACCUCGGUGAAAGGACGGUUGAUGUGGCUGCACCUGGAAGGUUCACAGAUGCCUUCUCCAGAGUACAUUGUUGAUGUGGAGUCUAUGGACAUUUUCCCUGUUGGCUGGUGUGAAGCAAAUGCUUAUAACCUCACCCCACCACACAAAGCUGUUUUGCGAAGGAAGAGGAGAAUUGCAGUUGUGCAACCAGAAAAACAGUUACCAUCCACAGUGCCUGUUGAGAAAAUACCUCAUGACCUCUGCCCAGUUCCUCCGCUAGACACAACAGGCACCAUCAAUGGGAGAUACUGCUGCCCCCAGCUCUACAUCAACCACCGCUGCUUCUCAGGUCCAUAUUUAAACAAAGGCAGGAUUGCAGAGCUACCUCAGUCUGUGGGGCCUGGCAAGUGUGUGCUGGUCCUCAAGGAGGUUCUCAGCAUGGUGAUCAAUGCAGCUUACAAGCCAGGGAGUGUUUUACGAGAACUGCAGCUUGUGGAAGACCCUCAGUGGAAUUUUCAGGAGGAAACACUUAAAGCAAAGUACAGAGGGAAGACGUACAGGGCGACUGUGAAGAUUGUGCGGACGUCAGACCAGGUGGCAGAUUUCUGCAGGAGGGUCUGCGCAAAGCUCGAGUGCUGCCCCAACCUCUUCAGCCCUGUGCUGGUGGCUGAAGUCUGCCCUGAGAACUGCUCCAUCCACACCAAAACCAAGUACACUUAUUAUUAUGGAAAGAGGAAAAAAAUCAUUAAGCCACCAAUUGGGGAAAAUAACAACAUGAAAAGUGGCCAUGUCAAGCCAGCCAGACGCAGAAAGAGGCGGAAAUCCAUCUUUGUGCAGAAGAAAAGGAAAUCGUCAGCUGUGGAUUCAAACGCUGCAGGCUCUGCAGAGGAGAGCGAGGAUGACGAGCUGGAUGCGAUGGAGGACGAGACGGGGAGCGAGGAGACGAGCUCGGAGCUGCGCGAUGACCAGACGGACACGUCCUCGGCAGAGGUCCCCUCGGCCAGGCCCCGGCGAGCGGUCACCCUGCGGAGCAGCACCGAGCUGGACAGGCCUCCUGUAACGGAGAGAGCCCGCCGGAGCCGCAGACCCCAGCUCCACUCCUGCAGCGAGGCAGAGAAGGGCACGCCAGCUAAGGAAGAAAUUAAGCAAGAAGAGGAAGAGAAGCUCAUCCUGGAUAGUAACCCACUGGAGUGGACUGUGACUGAUGUUGUGAGGUUUAUUAAGCUCACUGACUGCGCACCCCUUGCCAAAAUAUUUCAGGAGCAGGACAUCGAUGGCCAGGCCCUCCUGUUGCUGACACUGCCCACCGUGCAGGAGUGCAUGGAGCUGAAGCUGGGUCCAGCCAUCAAACUGUGCCAUCAGAUUGAGCGAGUAAAAGUUGCUUUCUAUGCACAGUAUGCCAACUGA